AUGAUUUGUUGGCUAUCAGAGAAUGGAGGAUGCUCAACUCAUGCAUGGUGUCUAGUUGCAUGGUGUUUUCAAGAUGUCAGAAAGGAUAUAGCAGUGUUUUAGAGAAGUUUGAAGUUCAGCUUUUGAUCUCACUGUAAUAGUCGUAGCUCUACAUCAAUGAGAGAAGGAGUUCUUGUACAGUGUCGAUGAUGAACUUGUGUUUACAUGAUGUCUGAAAGGAAAUAGCAGUGUUUUUAAGUAAUUUGAAGUUAACUUUUGAACUCUGUGCAAUUAUAGUCUUACGAUACAUCGAAGGAGUACUAAUACUGUGUCAAAGAUGUACUUUUUAUAUCGGACCAAGCAGAGGAGCAAAAAUGGACCACAUUUUGAACUUGAACCACAAAAGCAGGGUAUGGUAUUGCUGACGGAUGGCAAGACCAAGCCUCAGCCAGUCCGCCUGCAGCUCACAGAGGAGACCCUCACGAUCCAGAAGGAGGAAUUAGUAUACGUCCACUCAGCUUCGGAUGAUUUGGAUAACUCUGGCAUCACUCGGGAACGAGUGAUUACCAUUCGGCGAGAGCGUGUCGGCGGGUUAGGGUUGAGUAUAAAAGGAGGCCAGGAACAUCAUUUGCCGAUAUUAAUAUCGCGGAUCUUCAAAGACCAAGCGGCGGACAGGAAUGGAAAGCUGUUUGUUGGGGACGCCAUAAUAAAGGUGAACAACGUCAGCGUUGAGAAGACCACCCAUGAUGUUGCGGUGCAGGCCCUUAAGGAAGCUGGAGAGGAGGUUGCGUUAACAGUCAAACAUUUCCGACCAGCUUCCCUCUUCCUAAGUAGAAAUAGAAAUAGUGGCGGCCCGCCAGCAGAGGAUGAUGGGAGGAACAAAGUCCCUCCAGGUUACAACACCCUCCCAAAGCUUGAAAAACACUGGGCAGACAUGCAAUCCAUUCCACUGCAGUUUGCCCACCUCACAAGAUAUAACCUCGGCAGUGACAAGAUAAGGCAAAAUGGUUUUGAGGUGCGGAGUAUGGAGGGGUUGUCGAGUGGAGUCAUUCACUGCGAGAAUUCCAACGAGAUCACUGAUUGGCUAAGAUGCAUCAACAACAAUAUUUCCGCUCUGAACAACCACUCAAUGACAAUGUCCAACCGGUUACUGCUGCCUAAUGACCAGAUCGUCCACAUGUGCUGGACUAGCGAGAAACUGCUGAGGUCAAAACCAUAUCAGAACUGGAAAUCCCAGUUUGUGGCGCUGCGCGGCGCCAAUGUCUACUUCUUCGACGCCCCGCCAGCCAGUACACGGGAUUGGCUCAGAUGUGACGAAAUAUGCAAAGUUUACGAAUCGAUGUUUAGGAUACUGAGGGACACCGAGUUACUUGAUGAUCGCCAGCACUGCUUCCUGGUCCAAGGUGGCAGCGGAGACUCGCACUAUCUUAGUUUGGAGGGACGGCAGGCUAUGCUCAGGUUCGAAAAGGCCUGGUACCGGACAAAUUACUUGGCUGUUAUGCAUUUAAAAAAUAAAACAUUUGGUUGUACUUGGAGAGGCCGAAUAUCAGGGCUGACGUUAGAUUUGAAUACCGGCUUCUCAUUGUAUGAUAGUGAAUCUAGGUGCUAUAUGUGGAGCUACAAGUUCUCUCAGCUCAAAGGCUCAUCUGACGACGGGAAGACAAAGUUAAAACUCCACUUCACGAAAGAUCCGCAGGGAACUGAUGUUGACACACGGGAGAUCGAGUGCACAAACCUACAGACAUUAUUGUUUUCUAUGCAUGCGUUCUUGUCGGCGAAGCUUGCAUCAGUCGAUCCAUCCUUCCUGAGAAAUUUCUAGAAAACGCGAUGCACACAGAGCAGAAAGAACACUCGUUGGACUUGGAGAAAAAAACGACAUUUGCGGCUUCCUUGGAAUCUUCUAGAAAAUCUCGAUGAAUGCAGAAAAGAACUGCAAUAGAAUCUCUCUGUUGAGGAUUCCCUCCGGAAAGACAAGUGCUAUCCUUAAUAGAGAGGUGUCCUGAUUAGAGAGGUCAAAUUGGACAGACCCAAUUUGGGUCCAAAACUAGUGUCCUUACUACAGAGGGUGUCCAAGGUUUAGUCUCCAAAUUAUACAUUUGGCGAACACAUUUGCCAAAAUGACCUCAUGAUGCAGGAAAAUACCUUUGACUGGCGCAUAAAAUACUUUAAUCGUGCAAUUUGAGUGUGAUACAGAUAUUUCUACAGUGUUGAAUGAUGUAUUCCAAAACACUGCAAAAUCCUAGGACAGGUACAUGUACAUUACUCAUGUUAAACACAAAUCCAUAAAAUGCGCUCCGAAUAGCAUUCCGCGAUGAUGACGUCACUGCAGCUGCUGCCCUCUAUUUCCCCAUCGCUGAAUUACAGGCAAUGUCGGACAAACAUGCGGUUUCGUAAUGGAUUCAGGCUUUCUAACUCGGGCAGUUAGAUUCAAUCUGGCACAUGUCCGAGUGUUGGAAAUACU